AUGACUGAAGUGAUUGAAAUUGAUAUCAAUAAUACACAAGUUGCUAAUGAAGCUAAAGAUGCCAAUUCAUCAAUAUAUUUCAAAGAAGUUGUAAAUUCUGAAGUCAAUAUCAAUAAUGCACAAACUAUCAAUAAAACUGAAGAUGCCAAUUCAUCAAUAUGUCUUAAAGAAGUCAUGAAUUCUGAUUUGUAUAGUACUAAAGCUUUCUCAACAUGGGAGAUAACUCCUGAACAAGUUGAAAAUUGGAUACAAUUUUCAGACUGUGUUCUAAAUGAUGUAAUGCAUAAGACCAAUCAUUAUGGUAUAGCAUUAUCAAUGUUUGUAGGAUUUAAUCAGUACUGGCAUAAUAUUCUUCUUGCACAAGCUUUACUAUCAGAUGAAAUAACUAAAAGACAGCCAGCAGUCAUAAUUACUAAUACUAACCCUGCAGUAGAUUCUGCAGUUCAUCAACAUCUGAGGAAUUCUCUUGGAGAUAAUUAUGGCAAGUUCAUUGAAGCAUUUUAUGUAUAUAGAAAUAGCCUUGCAAAGGAAACAUUUGAAAAAAGAUUGAAAAACAUCCGCCAAAAUUUUCCAAAAACCAACUCAUAUAUGAAAGUAUUACUAUAUAUUGCAAUAAGGUCUAUUGGGCCUAUUGCUUCAUAUGAAUCUGUCAAUGGAUGUCUUAAAUGGUUAUUGCAUAGUUUAAAUGUUUCGUUACAUGAAUUAAUAAAUAAAAUCUAUCAGCUUUUGGAUAUGCAAGACAAAAAAGAAGAAUACAACUUUUGGAAACUUGCAAUUCCUUGCAUAAAAAGUCAAGGAAAAACAAAUUUUUUGUUCAAAAAAAUUGAUAAGUGUUUGAAGAGAAUUUUUACAUCUAACAUUUUACAAAAGCAAUGCAAUAAAAUAAAUCAAUUAAUCUAUUAUGAAGCAAUUAAAAUUUCGAAUAAUGAUGUCAAAAGGUUCUGUAAUAAUGAGCAAGAAAUUGAAAUACAUGAUGCAUCAGUGAUAGAAAUGCAGCAGGCUCUAUUAAGCGAACUUAUUUACUUGGUAAAAGGAUUAGAAAAUGUGAUUAAAAUAUGGUCUGUGAAAGUUA